CUUGGAGAUCAGGGCCAGACAUUCUGGAUGAGAACAGCAGACCCAGGUCAGAAGUGGCACCAUGUCUGAAUGGAGGUGCCUCAGCCGUGUCAGUGUUUUGCUGACCAUUCUCCUAGACCUAACACACCAGGGACCCCAUGGCUCUGCCUCAUCAAACAGCAAGUUGUUGAUGGCGAGCUAUUCCAUACGUUCCACCGUGGUGUCUCGUUAUGCACACACUUUGGUCACCUCUGUCCUCUCCAAUCCACAUGAUGAAGCCCAUGAAGCCAUCUUUGACUUGGAUCUACCUCGCGUUGCCUUCAUCUCCAAUUUCACAAUGACCAUCGGCAAUAAAGUCUAUGUUGCAGAAAUCAAGGAAAAACACCAGGCAAAGAAAAUCUAUGAGAAAGCCUAUCAGCAAGGAAAUACAGCUGCUCAUGUAGGCAUCAGGGACCGGGAAUCAGAAAAAUUCCGAAUCUCCACUAGGCUGGCAGCAGGCACAGAGGUAACAUUUGCCCUGGCCUAUGAGGAACUUCUACAACGAUAUCAGGGCCAGUACCAGUUGGUGGUAAGCCUGAGGCCUGGACAGUUGGUGAGGAAGCUGAAUGUAGAAAUCACUGUGUCUGAAAGGACAGGCAUUGCCUAUGUGCACAUACCUCCACUGAGGAUCAGCCCCGUGUACACCAACAACCAAACAAGUGACGGUGACUUGCCCCCAUCCAGCAGGAUACAGAGGGGAGAGACCUGUGUCCGCAUCACCUUCUCCCCAACACUGCAAGACCAGUCUGCCUUCUCCAGCUCAGGCAUCAUGGCCGACUUCACAGUCCAUUAUGACGUGGUCAUGGAGGACAUCAUUGGAGACGUGCAGGUCUAUGGUGGCUAUUUUAUUCAUUACUUUGCCCCCAGAGGCCUCCCGCCAGUGGAGAAGAAUGUGGUAUUUGUUAUAGAUGUGAGCGGCUCCAUGUUUGGAACUAAGUUGCAACAGACAAAAAAGGCCAUGAACACCAUCCUCAGUGACAUGCAAGCCAGCGACUACUUCAACAUCAUUUCCUUUUCUGACAAAGUUAACAUCUGGAAAGCCGAAGGCUCAAUCCAGGCCACUGUCCAAAAUAUCCAUAGUGCCAAAAACUACCUGAGUCGAAUGGAAGCCAGUGGCUGGACAGACAUCAACGCAGCUCUGCUGGCAGCUGCUUCAGUGCUGAACCAUAGCAACCAGGAGCCUGGAAAGGGCCGUGGUGUGGAGCAGAUUCCUCUUAUCAUGUUCCUGACAGAUGGGGAGCCCACAGCCGGCGUGACAACUCCCAGUGCGAUCCUUUCCAACAUCCGCCGGGCGUUGGGACACAGGGUAUCUCUUUUCAGCUUGGCCUUUGGGGAUGAUGCUGACUUCUCGCUACUGCGCCGUUUGUCCCUGGAAAACCGGGGAGACGCAAGACGUAUCUAUGAGGACUCUGAUGCAGCUCUGCAGCUAGAGGGUUUCUACGAGGAGAUUUCCAAGCCUCUGCUUGCAGAUGUGCACCUGAACUAUCUGGGUGGCUUGGUUGGGGCCUCCCCAGGGACCUAUUUCCCUAACUAUUUUUGUGGCUCUGAGCUGGUGGUGGCUGGCAAGGUGCAACCAGGUGAGCAGGAACUGGGCAUCCACCUAGCAGCCCGUGGCCCCAAUGGUCAGCUUCUUGUGGCCCGCCAUAGUGAAGAAGUCACCAACAGCAGUGAGAAAGCCUUUGGUUGCCUGGGGAAGCCUGCCCUCAAUGUGCCCCACUUUAUCCGCCGCCUGUGGGCCUAUGUCACUAUUCGGGAACUGCUGGAGGCACGUUUCCAAGCCCGGGACACUACCACUCGCCGUCUGCUAACUGCUAAAGCCCUCAACCUAUCCCUUGAAUACAACUUCGUCACACCUCUGACCUCACUGGUUGUCGUGCAUCUCCAGAAGACCAAUGGGGAAUCUAUGAGCCAGCUGUCCACUACACCUAAGACAAGCACAGUCACACCCUCACCCAGCAAAAGCCUUGGCCUAGGUACAGGCACAGCUCAACCAGCCUCGGUACUCAGGGCCUCUUCUAAAUCGAGGCCCAUGAAACCAACCUCAGCUAUUAAUGCCCCUAAAAAGAAGGUGCCCAGCUCCAAGGAGUUGGGGAAACUGGGACAGUGUUCUAAUAGCCUACCAACUUCAGUACAACCAAAGCCCCAAACUCCAGCACAAGACUCCAGUACUCUGGCAUUGCCAACUUUAAAGAUGAAACCUCUUGCCCCUGUGCCUUCAAGUUCUAAUGUCCCGUUGCCUCUGAAGCCCACCACUUCAUCACACCAGGAUCCUGGUGUGAUACCACUUGUUAAUUCUAGGACACACGUCAUAACUCUGAAUCCUGUCAGCCCUGCCCAGCCCAAAGGUAGCACUAUGAAACAUUUUAAUCCAUUUCCUCCUUCCAAUCUCCCUGCUCCAUCAGAUGCCCAACCUCCACCAGAUGCCCCAUCAUACCCUCCACCUGGGGAACCCAUAUCACAGCCACUCCAAAGCCGUACACAGCCCAAAUCUAUCUCUACAUUUCAGACACCCAAACACCCAUUACUCCUCAGCUCCAAGACUCUUGCUCCCAAGAGUCCCCCAAAUUUACCACACCCUAUAUCAGGGAUUGACUUGCCCAAGUCUCCUGAAAUUCCUUCAUCUCUUAAACCUAGUGCCUCAUCUCACCAAACUUCUACAAGCUUACUACUCUCCAAGUCCAGAACCCCAGUUCCCUAUCAUGCCCAAAUCCCACUACCUGCCAGGCCCAGGCCACUGGUUCCUGAGAGCCUUAGCACAUUCUCAAACUCUCUCUUGAGUUCCACAAGCCCCAGCAGUACUGUGCCCACCUCUAUUCCUAGGGAACUGCUCCCUUCUUCCUUUACCCCUACUCUGAUCUCUCCACUGCCCACUGAAAGACUCUGGCAUCAGCAAGACCCGCUGCUAGGACCCAAGAGCACCAGGCAAGUUCUGGGACCAUCCCUGCCAGGGAUUCUAAUAAUGGCCAUAACCAACAGCUCUGGUCCUAUGCUAGAGGCAUCACCCCAAAAUCUCCCAAUCUUGCUGCCUUCCAGAACUCUCCCUGAGACCAUCAGUCUUCAUCUUCUCCCAGAGAAGCUCCAGCUGCUGCCAGAGUCUCUGGUAGAGUCCAAGUUCGUGGAGUCAUUGAACCCACCGGUCUUCUAUACCUUCCUCACCCCUGACAAAGAUGGAAGUCCGCACUGGGAUGGCAAUCCUGAGAGGGUCCUGGAAGGAGUUGAACGUGAUAUGGACUCUAAAAGUUCCGUGGAGCUAGUAAAAGGCACAUUGCCAGGCAUCUUCACCUUCUCGUCCUCUGUGGAUGGGGACCCCCACUUUGUGGUCCACAUUCCUCACUCAGGAGAGAAGAUCUGCUUCACACUGGAUGGGCGCCCAGGGGACCUACUGCAGCUCAUAGAGGACCCUAAAGCAGGGUUGCGUGUCAGUGGGAGGUUGCUUGGAGCACCACCAAGACCAGGCCACGAGGACCAGACCCGUACAUACUUCCAGAUCAUCACAAUCACUUCAGAUAAACCCCGGGCCUACACUAUUACAGUAAGCCUCAGUUCGAUAUCCGUGCAAGGUGAGGGCACCUUGAACUUACCCUGGGACAAGCCUGCCCUGGUGAAGAAGCCCCAGCUGGAGCUCCAUGUGGCUUCAGCAACCCAUCUCACCCUCCAACUUGGGCCCCAGCUCAAUUUCGUGAUCCUUCGUCACCAGUACAGACACCCAAGCACACUACAGCUACCCCAUUUGGGAUUCUAUGUGGCCAGUGCCUCAGGCCUCAGCCCCUCAGCCUGUGGCCUAAUAGGACAGUUUCAGCACACAGACAUCCAGCUGGUAACAGGACCUACUGGGUCUUACUUACGGAAGCACCAUGGGCCAGGUGUGCCAGUGGUACUAGGAAAGAAGCUGCUGAAAGAGUCACCAAGGCUUCAUCCCCGCUGGACUUCAUGCUGGCUGGUGAAACGCUCUCAUGUAGAACAGCUGCUGGGUCAGCCCUACCUUGCCUAUGUUCUGUGAUGGCUCCUGGACCUAGAGCUAGGAGGUCUGAAAUUUGGAAAUCCAGAGGCCAGAGCACGGAGUCAACCAGGACACAGGCCUGGGUACAUGGAAGCACACAUAAAGGCCGCAUAUACCUGUGCUAAGAGACAAAUACAUCAGGAAGCACAAAGACAGAGCUAAACAGAACUAAACAAAAAGCUUCAUUUCGCUACCCUUGUGGUUCUUGUUUUACACUCUCUGGUCCCUCCAAAUUCACACUAGCCCUGGAAGUGACUUUCUUUUUUAUUCAUUUGUUGAGAAUUUUGCACAUGUAUACAAUGGACUUUGAUCUUCUUAACCCCCCAAGCCCCCAUCUAUUCCUCCCAGGACCCCCUACCCCACCUCAACCUCACGUUCCCAACUUCGUUUUCUCUUUUCAUUACCCACAGACUGUAUUUCUUAAAACCAAAGCCUCACUGAGUCACGAGUCAGUCCUGCUCAUAGCGUUCCCUUAUUCCUACGAUGGUGUACCUAUAGCUCUCUUGGAAUGCCCCUAAUAAGCUAUGAUGGUCCCCACCGUUAGACUUCUAUAUGUAUUCACCCUUCUGUGUGGGGCACUCUUCCUUAUCGAGGUAAACUUGGUUCAUCUUUCAAGUCUUAGUUGUCUCCUCUCCUGGGCCUUCCAUGAGGUUAGGUUUGACACUUAGUUUAUGUCCCAUUCAAACUCGUAGCACUUUUCAUACUUUGUAAUAAUCAUCUAUUUACUUGUCUGGAUCCUGGCUAAACCUGUAAGAUCUCUGAGAGCAAGAAUCUGUUCUGAAUCCUUUGUGUAGCCACAGUUCAUGGCAUGUGGUAAGUGCUUAAUAAAUAUUUGUAAAAUAAA